ACCCGAGCUUUCCAGAAUCAGAAGGAUGAGAACUGGGCGUUACCCGUCCUGUACGCAGUCUGUCGAGAUCUCCGCUCUUUUGCUGCCAGUGCGGAUAUUCAGGCUGUUCACAAGGGGCGGGGGAAAGCUGGGGAGAGACUGGAGAAGGCAGCAGACUUGUUGAUGGGAUGCUUCAGAGUUUGUGCCAGUGACAAUCGUUCAGCUAUGGAGGACACCAAGAAAUGGGGCAUGUUAAAUUUGGUCAAUCAGCUGUUCAAGAUAUACUUCAAGAUAAACAAAUUGCACCUUUGUAAACCAUUGAUCAGAGCCAUUGACAUGAGUCAGAGUGACAAAGACAGAUUUUCUUUUAGCUUAUCACAGCUUAUCACUUACAGAUACUACGUUGGUAGGAAGGCCAUGUUUGACAGUGACUUCGAAAGGGCUGAAACGUGUCUCUCGUUUGCCUUUGAGAGAUGUCACCGUGCCAGCAAAAAGAACAAGAGACUCAUUCUAAUCUGUCUGCUACCUGUCAAAAUGUUACUGGGUCACAUGCCGAAAGUUGAGGUCCUGCAGAAAUAUGACUUAAUGGAGUUUGCUGGAGUGGCAAAAGCUGUCAGCUCUGGUAAUUUACUCCUUUUGAAUCAAGCUAUGCAGGAAAAUGAAGCAUUUUUCAUCAGAUCUGGAAUCUAUCUCAUUUUGGAAAAACUGAAAAUCAUCGCCUACAGAAAUCUGUUCAAAAAAGUGUACCUAAUACUGAAAACUCAUCAAUUACCUGUGAAAGCCUUCACUGCUGCUCUAAAAAUGUUAGAGGAAGACGAUGUUGACAAUGAUGAAGUCCAGUGUAUCUUGGCAAACCUUAUCUAUGAUAACAAGAUCAAAGGCUAUAUUUCUCACACCCACCAGAAGCUUGUUGUCAGCAAGCAAAAUCCAUUUCCAUGAUGAUAUUGUCGUGAUGAUAUUGUCAUGAUGAUAUUGUCGUGAUGAUAGUCAUGAUGAUA